AUGUUAUUUUUUCGCAAGUCUUUGGGAUACUUGGAGUUUAACUAUAAUCGAAUCUACGACGUGUUUCACUGGUUCCUCAGCAUUACCCUGCUCCGCAUAUUCGACGAUGACUUCCUGGUGGCCCCCUUUCCAACCGCCAUAUUUCACUUCUAUCAGUCGGAAAUUGCGAUCUCUCUAGUUGCCAUCGUAAUGCAUGCAGUGUCCUACCGGAACGAUCUCGACGCGGUCAUACUGAGCGUGUCGGCAUUUGUGAGUGGCUUUGAGUUAUUCUUCAAAAUCAACGGUAUGGUGUACCGGCGGAAGCAGAUCGCUCAGAUGAUCCGCACGGUGCUAAACGAUCGCAGCCAGCUAAAUGGUCCGAUCGAGGCCGGAAUCUGCGAGAAGUAUCAGCGUUUAGCGAGGAAGCUUCUGUUCAUCACGAUCCUGUCGUAUCUAACCGCAUCCAUAAUGUUGCUAAUCUAUCCAGUGCUGGUUGGGGGCAUCCGAGAACGCAUCCUUCCGAUAGGCUAUUCAAUACCGCUGGUGGACUACCAUAAACAUCCUUGGUACUUAAUCAACUAUCUGCUCCAGAUUCUGCAGGCAAACUGGGUCGCAGUGGUGUUUAUUGGACUGGACGGACCAUUUUAUUUGUUUGUGUGCUACUCGGCCUCGCAGCUGGAGAUACUUAGCGAGUAUCUGCGUCGCAUUGGCGAAUGUCCCGAUAACGUAGUGGAGCAAAGACGUUUGAUACGGAAGGUGUUCGAAAUGCACACCGGCCUUUCACAAUUCCUCGCCAGAUGUUCCAGCAUAUACCGGGAGGUAUACCUGAUACAAAUUCUCUGCUCGAUCGUGCACAUCUGUGUGUCACUGUUUCACAUUCAGAUAAAGUUAGUAAACGGUUCGUACGGUUUACUGCUGACCAACGUCAACAAGGUAUGGCUGUUCUGCUACUGUGGCGAGCUGGUCGUAAGUAAGGCGACUGAUUUUAGUACCGGUGUGUACACCAACCAGUGGUACCAGCUGUGGAAUCGUCGCGAUCUGCAGGAUAUGCUGUUUAUGCUGCGGAAUGCUCAACGCAACUAUGGCUUCAGUGUCGGCGGGUUUGGGUUUCUAUCCUUUGCCACCUUCACCGCGGUCAUGAAAACCGCUUACAGCUGUAACGCAUUCCUGCACAGGGUGAUGAACUAA